UGAAAAGGUAUAUGCUCUUCUUGCCAGUAUGGAGCAAUUACAGUCGGCAAACAAAGAAAAGGAUGAUAAGAUUGCAUUGUUAGAGACUGAUUUCACCAAGCUGAAGGAAGAGAAUUCCAAAGUUGUAAGGGAACUGGAGUCGUUAAGAAUGUCUGUUAGUGCUCCCGGCACUCCUGUUUUGAACCACUGCUCAGCAGGAACAAGAGCAUUUAACUUGAGAGGCAAAAAUAGUGCUCUGGAUAGAAGUAUUGUGACAGUCAAGAAAGAACCAUCUGCUGCACAACUUACUGAUCAUCCUUCUAAGAACACCAAAAUGGGGAGGAGGAGUUCAAAGAGAAAUGGAGAUGAUGUUAUAACAACCGAGGGAACUGUAAAGUUGUUCACGUCCAGCUUCAAAGUACCAAAAGUGAAGAGUCAAUCAAGCAAAUCUGCGGCAUCAUCUUCCAGAGGGGGGUAGAUUGUAUUGUGA